AUGAACAAGAAGGUCGAACAGGAGCUGCGCGGGCGGCUGGAAUCCAAGGAAAACCUGCCGGCACAGUUUGGCGUUGUCUUGCGCAUCAUCAACCGCAUCAUUGCUGCACGCAAGCAAGAAGACAUGCAGCAGUACCAUUUCACCAAUGUGGAAGUGUGUGCUGAUGGCAGGGAAAAUCCUGUGGUCAAGUCUACAAUGUUCCGGGUCUACGAAGAGGGCGGGGAGGAUGAGAGAGGAUCUGUCAAAGUCAAGAUCGACUAUGUCAACCAUCGUUGCCAGUUCAACAGGGAGCAUUGGGCCAGGGCACGACACAACGUCGAGGACUUCAUCAAAGAAGGAGAGAAAAUCCGCCGGGCUAUGACACUGAACUUUUGUGUGGAUGCCUAA